AUGUCAAAUAGUAAUAAUUUGAUAACAAAUUAUUUUAAAUCUACAACACCAUUGUUAAAACGAUCAUUACCAAUUGAAAUUGAUAAGUGCAGUAAUUCUCAUUUUGGACAAACCAAGAUAAAAAGAAAAUAUAUUAAUGAUAGUGAUAAGAGACAACAGAGAUUAGACUUUGGGCAACGUAAUAUUGGACCUAUAUAUUGUAGAGAUUGUGAAUAUGUUUAUGAACAAACAAAUCCAGAAGAUGUUAAAGCACAUGAUAAGUACCAUAAUCGUGCUUUUACUGUUGAUGCAUUUAAAGUGACAUCAAAACAAUUAGAAAUUUGGAAAGAAGUACAUUUCUAUAAGGAAGAUGAAAAUAAACUUUAUUUUCAUAUUAAAAAAACUUCAAAAUCAACGUUAAUCAAAAAAAUUGAAAUUUUAUUAGAAGAAACAUUAAAUAAAGAAUUAGAAGAGGAAUCAAAAAAUAUUUGGGGUUCAUUAAAUACCAGGGAAGGAUAUGUAUAUAUUGAAAAAAUUUCUAAUAAGUCAUCGUAUAUUGGAGGGAUAGCAUUUGUGGAAUAUUUUAAAGAAGCAAAAAUUUUAAAAAGUUUUGAGACGGUCAAAGGAAAUUUUCUUGGAUUAUAUAUUCUUUGGGUUCAUCCAUUAAUAAGGAGGAAAAAGAUUGGUACAAAUCUUCUAGAUGUUAUAAGAGAAAUUCAUUUACCCUUGAUAUAUUUUUCAAAGGAUUCUUUUUUAAUUGAUCAUAGUACACAAGUUUUUGAAGAUUUUAUUUCAUCAUAUACUGAUAAGCAUAUUUCAGAUAUUUUGACUUUUGUAACAUAA